AUGAAAGGCCUGAAACUACGAGCGUGCGCAGUGCAGCCACUUGGCCUCUUGAUGCUUACUUUCGCAUCUCUCAGCACCGCCCUUUCCCUUCCUUCCUGGCCCCGACCAACGAGCUUAAGAGGCAGUGAUCUACAGCGCAGACAAAGGAGCAACAGCUCCACACCUUCAGCAAUCAGCAUAGCUCCCAGUCAAUACUGGGAAGGCAACGACGGACCAUGGUCUACCUUCCCUCUCCAGAUCGGCAGCGGUAGCGUUGGUGGAUUACAGAACGUACGGGUGCUGGUGAGCACGGCAGCCACGGCAAUAUGGACGAUAGGUGCAGAGGGCUGCCCGAAUGGCUAUGUCAACAGUUGUCCAGAUAGCCGAGGAGGCCUGUUCUUGCGGAACCAGAGCUUGACAUGGGCGCCGGACAGCAUAUUCCAGACUGGCUUGGAGAUGAACUUGGGGCUGGACUCGAGCGGAUACGUGGGCUUUGAUGUCGCGACGUUGGGAUGGCAGGGAAGUGGUGCAGAGGUUACGGAUCAACAUGCUACAGUCUGGAAUAUGGCGGACCCAAGAUAUUGGAUUGGUGUGUUUGGGAUGAACCCACGGCCGACCAAUCUGUCGGACUUCAACGACCCGCAAACUUCGUUCAUGCAGAAGCUGUUUGAGAGCAAAAAGAUCCCGUCGGUAUCAUAUGGGUACACUGCAGGGAAUCAGUACCGGGCGGAUGGGUACUACGGAAGUCUCACGCUGGGAGGCUAUGACCCGAAUCGGUUCGUGGAGAAUGAUGUCAGCUUCCCGUUUGAUGAAGACAUCUCCCGGGAUCUGAGCGUCAAUCUGCACUCUAUCACAACGAGCACGGGUUUGCCAUCGGACCUUCUACCGGACGGCAGCAUCAGUAUCUUCAUCGACUCGACCGUUCCCGAAAUUUGGCUUCCAGAGUCCGCCUGCAAUGCCUUCGAAUCUGCGUUCGGCCUUACCUACAAUACGAGCAUAGGCCGUUACCUCGUCUCAUCCUCCACGCGCCAGCGCUUGCUGUCCGAGAACCCCGAUGUCACAUUUACCAUCGGCCCGAUCAACGGCGGCAGCAAAGGGAAGACAGUAGACAUCACCCUCCCCUACCGCGCCUUCGACCUCCACCUCAGCUUCCCAAUCAUACCAAACGACUAUAACGGCACAACCCACUACUUCCCUCUGCAACGAGCUGCGAACGACACGCAGUACACACUCGGCCGAACCUUCUUACAAGAAGCAUACCUCAUCGCCGACUAUGAGCACCAAAACUUCAGCAUCAGCCAGUGCGACUGGAGUCAGAAGGCUGCCGGCAACGAUCAGGACGUGGUCUCAAUCAUAUCGCCGCAGCUCAAAGCAAGCCAAUCCUCCUCCAAUCCGGACUCCGACUCUUCCCUCUCCGCCGGCGCCAUCGCAGGCGUAGCAAUCGGCGUCGUAGCCCUCAUCGCCGUCCUCGGCGCUGCCCUUGUCUUCAUCCGCAGACGCAAGAAAGCGGACAAGAAGCGGGCAGCGGAACUGGAAGCAAAGGAGAACUUCGCCGACGAAGACUCCGCUGAGCCCAAAGUCGGACCCAUCUCUGAGCCGAUUGGUGGCGAGCUGGGAGGUGGGGAGAUACAUGAAGCACCGCUCACGCAAAUGCGGCCGGAGAUGGAGAGUGGGCGGGAUGGAGUUGAGAAGUACGGGUACUCCGAGAUGGACGGGCGCGGACAUGUGAUUGAGAUGGACGGGAAGGGAUACACGGCAGAGAUGCCGGGAAGUGCGGCGGUGCUGGAAAUGCCGGGGAGCGAGGGGAGGGUGUUUGAGAGGGAUUUGAAGAGGGGAGCUCGCCCGCCUCCGGAUGAGAAAAGUGAAGGUGGGUGGAUCUGA